AUGGAGGCCGUCAAAGAAUCUGGCGCCGAGGCUCCGUCCAUCAAGGAGAAGCUUCCAGAUCCUGACCGGACACCAUUCCGCUUUCGUGAAUUCGAUCUCGAGGGCAAGGUUUUUGUCGUGACAGGUGGUGCGCGUGGUCUGGGCCUGGUAUUGGCAGAAGCCCUGAUCGAAGCUGGAGGACAAGUAUAUUGCCUCGAUCGACUGCCGGAGCCGGACAAGGAGUUCUUCACGGUUCAGAAACGUCUAGGUCCCAAGUAUGGGGGCUCGCUCAAGUACGACAAAGUCGAUGUGCGGGAAGCUGGUAACCUUGACCGCGUUAUCGAGGAGAUCGCCACGAACCAUGGCCGCCUUGAUGGCUUGAUUGCCGCGGCUGGUGUUCAGAACGUGACCCCCGCGCUGGACUACACUCCGGAGAAGAUCGAGGAGAUGAUGAACAUCAACUACAAGGGUGUUUUCUGCUCGGCCACGAGCUGUGCUCGGCAGAUGAUCAAGCACAACUGCAGCGGAUCAAUCUUACUCGUUGCCUCGAUGAGUGGCAUGGUCGCCAACAAGGGCUUUACCUCAUCCGUCUACAAUUCUUCAAAAGCCGCCGUCUGCCAGCUAGCGAGAUCUCUGGCGAUGGAGUGGGGAAAGAUUGUGAACGGGAAGCCUAUUCGGGUCAAUGCGCUGUGUCCAGGAAACAUCUUGACACCAAUGGUAAGGAAGAAUUUCGAGGACGACCCUAAUCUCAAGGCGCUUUGGGAAAAGGAGAACAUGCUUGGGCGGAUUUCGGAACCGGCAGAAUACAGAGGUGCCGCUUUAUUUUGUUUGAGCGAUGCGAGUUCAUUCAUGACUGGUAGUAAUCUCGUCAUCGACGGCGGUUACACAGCGUGGUGA